AGUGAGGUGUUGUGCGGGGCUUUUUUCUUCCUCACUUCCUUCCUUUGAGCAAUGCGUUGUCAGCAGGCAGGGAGGUGCUAGAGCCCGGCUCCUCACUCCCUCAUGCGGCUCUGGAGCCAUGGCGGAGCGGUUACUGAGGAGAACCGGCGGCUGGGGCUCAGCGGCUCCACAGCAGCGGCUCAACCGAGGAAGGAUCACCGUUCCCCGCCGCACAGCCACAACUACCACUGACGGGAAGCAGUGGAGGCUUCUAAACUUUUACACACGGGUUUAGCCUUUGUCACGGCUUGCCGGGUCAACUUUUUAUAGCGUCAUAGAGUUAGUUCUGCUUUUCUUUAACGUCUGUCCUGUCAAUCUGCCUCAGGCGGAAAUCUGGCGCACUGUCCCGCAGCCUCUUAAGCUUUUCAAAGCCGAGUGACUGGAGGUUAACAUGGGGGCAAAGCAGAGCAGCCCGUCCGCUAACCCCGCUGCUAACGGACGGACCAGAGCCUACUCCGGCUCCGACCUGCCCUCCAGCACGUCCAGCAGCAGCGGCAGUAAUGUUAGCAGGACUACCGCCGGGGGCGUGAGGUACCAUGCGUCCGGAGCCUCGUCCAGCCAGCACCUUGGGGCCAGGGCAAGGUCUGUGGGGGGCUCCGGAGGUUCCGGGGCCAGACCUCAGUCCGGUAUCAACAUCCCAAACAGCAGCGGAGCCUACAGCUCCCAGGAGUCCGGGGGCAGCAGCCCGGAGGAGGCGGACAGGGGGCACGACGGUCCCCGGUUGCUGAUAGGAUCACUUCCAGCUCACCUCUCCCCUCACCUGUUUGGAGGCUUCAAGUGUCCUGUGUGCUCCAAGUUUGUGUCCUCAGAUGAGAUGGAUCUUCACCUGGUCUUGUGCUUAACCAAACCUAGAGUGACAUAUAACGAGGAUGUCCUGACCAAGGAUGCAGGAGAAUGUGCAAUCUGCCUGGAGGAGCUAGUACAGGGAGACACCAUUGCUCGCCUGCCCUGCCUCUGCCUCUACCAUAAAGGCUGUAUCGAUGAGUGGUUUGAAGUGAACAGAUCAUGCCCAGAGCAUCCAUCAGAUUAAAGCUGUUUUUGCACAGGUACUCUACAAUGUGAGUUAUCUACAAAAUAAAGUGUGGAUCCAGGACUGCUGGACACUGAUCAGUUGAACCCCCCCAAUAAUGUAGUACCACUGUGCCAAAUCUCAUUUAAGCAAUCUUCAGGGAUAUAGACUUUUAUGUUUAUGUUUGAGUUGCACAUCCACACUCAGUUUCAGACUGGACAGACUGAUCCCCACUUCGCAUCCUCUCCAGCCACAUGUGACAUGAUGACAGGCAGGGCUCAUCUUCCUGAGAGCUCAUUGGGUAGUAGAUGUCAGCUGAUUGUACACCACAACACUAGAGAAGGUGGUGGACAUGGUCCUGGAGGUUGGAGGGGAGGAUCAGGCCAUAUAUGGAUUAUCCCUCCCCCUUUUCCUCUGUCCCUCCACUACUCCUUCAGCGUCAGUGUCUUCCAGUGUCUUGUUGUUUUGAUGCACAGCCACAGCAGGGCAGGACAGAGGAGUCCAGACUUUCAGCAGAGCCAGCUGGACUGAUUUGCGUGACCAUCUCACCUCAACUGCCAUUCUUUUAGUCCAGGAGAAACAAGCCAGAGACUGGAGAGCAGCAGAAAUACCUGUCUGCAUUAGGAGCUCGGACAUUUUCAGCUGCUGCAAAAAUGGUGCCAAUCAACUGUGAAUAUUGUCAAACACACACACAUACUCAAUCAUCUGUGCUUUUUAAUCAUAGAUUAUGGCGCAGAAGUCUUCAGGGACUGCCCUCAAUCAUGAACAGGGUCCCUGACUUACCAACCUGAGCCUAUAGUAGAGUAUCUCUGUCAACAUGAAAAAACAUUUCAUAUUAACCAAACCAUUCUUGUUUUAACUAGAACUUUUUCAUGUUAUAUCAAGAUUGUUUUCUUGUUAUGAUCAUAUCUAGUAUUGUAAAUAAAUUGUCUUGUUAUAACAACAUAUGUCAUAUGGAGAAACGGUUUGAAAAAGAUUCAUUGUUUUUAUAUCACAAGAAAGUUGUGUGAUUAACAAGAUAAAGUGAAAUAAUAUAAAAUAUGACAAGAAAAGUUUGUUCUUCAAAAGAAAAAAGUUGGUGUAGUACUGAAACUGAAAUAUAUAACAUGAAAAAUAUAAUUUUCUAACAUGAAUAUGAUCUGAGUUUUUUUCUUGUCUUUUUUGUUUUGUGCUGCUCCUGAAAAGUAAGAUUUUAUUGUUUUCAUAAAGUCUGUAUUGCAGUUUUCAAUGUAGGCUGUUUUAAUCAUAGGUUUUGAUCAUCAGUUGCUCAAAAAUAUACGGAUAUGCUGUGCACCAAAUGAAAUGCUGACAUAGAAAUGGAACACAUCGAACAGACUGCAGUGAAAUAGCUUAAUUUUUCAUACAACUUUUUUUUAAAAAGUGUAAAAAGGAAACAUGUUCCUCCUUUUAAAUCCAAGUUUGUAAUUUCUUUAUUCUUUGGAUUUCCAUCAUCUCUAAUGUAAAGAUUUCCUAUUAAGUUGUUGUUGUCUAGUAGCUCUGUUGAUCUGUUUUUCUAUGAGUGGGACCCAUGCUCUUGUAGCAUGCACAUCUACAUGAAUAAACAUUGGUGAUGUGAUGCACAA